AUGGCAGACACAACCAAGUUAGGAAAAAUAUUCAUCGGGGGGCUCUCAUACGAGACGACCGAUGAGAAGCUCCGGUCAUACUUCGGCGCGUACGGUACAGUGACCGACGCCGUGGUGAUGAAGGACCCGAUUUCUAGACGAUCACGAGGCUUCGGCUUUAUUACAUAUGCGGACCCUUCCUGUGUUGAUAGAGCGCUGGCACAACCCAACCACAUCCUAGACAGCCGUAGAGUUGAAGCUAAGCGGGCUGUUCCUCGCGCAGAGAGCAUGCGCGACAUCGGGAGUGGCUCGUCGUCAAGUCGUGGCAAUGGUAGCAGUUCAAUAUCCAGCAUCAGCGCCAAUAGUACAGUCGGCGCCACGAAAAAAAUCUUCGUGGGCGGCUUACAUUAUGAAACCAAAGAUGCGGACUUUAAAAAGUAUUUUAUGCAGUAUGGCAAGGUGGUGUCGGCUGAAGUCAUGUUCAACCGCGAGACGAACAAGUCGCGUGGCUUUGGUUUUGUCAUUUUCGAGAGUGAAGCCAGUGUUGAGCUGGUGCUGCAGGACAAGAACCACGUGAUCGAUGGUAAGUCCGUCGAGGUGAAGCGCGCCGUUCCGCGUACAGAUGUGCCUCCUCCUCGGUCGGUCUCGUCUCGUGGGAACUCAUUCAGCGGUCCCUCUGGGCCUGGCUCCGUGGGGAGUCUGGACGAUGUUACGCUGCUGCCGUUCGCUAUGGCGGCCGGGGGUUGCCAAAGACCUCGAGCUCCAAUGCCAUGCUUCCUUCGUCUUCAGUGA